AAUCUACCUUCAUUGUUAGUUGAAAAUGUUGUGCAAAGUAUUAUUCGAUGUCAUUUUAAUAUUGUACUUUGUUAUGUGAACUGUGAACGUUAUCGGAAAGCAAUGGUUGUGUCUACAGAAAAUUCUAUUAGUGCCAAGAAAGGGAAUCCCUGUAUGCAAUGGUUGAUGGCUAUGCUAGCGAAUACCACACUCCUAACAUAUGGGUUUCAAGCGGGCUGGGUGUCACCGAUGACAAAAGUUUUACAAUCAGAGGAUUCGCCGGCCGGUUAUCCGUUGUCAGACUAUGAAAUAUCAUGGAUAGCAAGCUCUCUUUGUAUAGCGGCGACUGUCGGAGUCUCUCUAUUCGCCUACAUCGUUGACAGAUAUGGAAGGAAAAUAGCUAUUCUAAUAAUGGCUGCUCUACAAGCGUUAUGUUGGAUAAUGAAACUAUCCUCAGCACACAUAGCAGUAUUAAUCACAGCCAGAUUGUGUGCUGGGAUCUCUGCCGGCGGUUGUUACAACGUAGUACCAAUGUACGUCAGGGAAAUAAGCCAGGAUGACAUAAGAGGGGUGCUCGGAUCCUUCAUAAUUCUGUUUCAAAAUAUUGGAAUACUGGCAAUGUUUGCGAUGGGAGCAUACUUGAAUUACUACACUGUGCUGUGGAUCGUGGUUUGGGUACCAGUUUUAACUAUACUACUGAUGUUGAAGGCACCUGAAUCACCAGCCUUUUUGGUGAAACGUGGGAAAAUUGAGGAGGCGACGUCAACUAUAGCGUUUCUCCGAAAAUUAGAAGUCACCGACAAAGUUAUACAAAAUGAAAUUGACUUCAUGAAAAAUGAAGAGCUUACUUAUAAUUCACUGCCGAAGAUUUCUUUCAAAAGUAUAUUUAAGAAUAAGGCAUGGCGUCACGGCUUCAUCCUUAUCCUGAUUUUGGUAACAUUUCAAACAAACAGCGGUAACUUUGCCACUUUGACGUAUUCGCCGGCCAUUAUGAAAUCAGCCGGCGUCACGUGGAACCCAGAGCUACAGACGUUGAGUUUCCCCGCAGUUAUGAUCCUUGCCUCGUUUAUCUCAAUGAGUUGUGUGGAAAAGUUCGGUCGGAAGCCUCUCAUCAGCAUAACAUUUGCUGGAGCAAUUUUGGCGCAUGCAGUGCUAGGAACAACAAUGUUACUACAAUCUCAGGGAAGCAAUACACCUGGAUGGUUACCCGUGUUGGCUAUUGUGUUGUACGUCUUUGUAUACGCCGGCGGAAUCUCACCUAUGCCAUACAUUAUUAUGGCAGAAAUGUUUAAUUUCCAGAUACGAGCAAAGGUAAUGGGUUGUUUAGUGACAUACGCAUGGUUCAUGUCCUUUCUCCAGUUGGCUUCGUUUACGGCCGUCGCGAACUUUCUUGGGGUAUACACUGUGGUUUAUUGUUACGCCGGUAUCAACCUCUGUGGGGCUUUAACCAGCUUAAUAUUCUUACCAGAGACAAAAGGUAAAACUGCCGAGCAAAUAGAAAUGGAUCUAUUAGGUAAAAAUAAACAAGUACGGUGACCGUUUUGUGGUCAAUUGAAUAUUUUGUUUGUGAGAAUGGAAUUUCAGGUUUUGUAAAUGGUUUUAUAAAAUUGUUAAAAAAUAUUAUUAAAAGAAGUUAAUGAGGUAAAUGAAAGAGUGGGUUGUUUAUGUCUUUGUAGUGGUAUAAUGUUAACAUAUUUUUUCCGCUAGUUUAGCAAAACUAUAGGUCAGUCUGAUUAACCGGUAAUUGAGCAAGCGUGGUGAUUAAUGUUCAAACAUUCUCCGUGAGAGAAGAGGCUUUUGGUCAGCAGUGGUCACUUAUAGGCUGUUGAUGUCAUUGUGUCCUAGUUAAGUUUUCCAACUAAGCCUCACAUGUGGAAAGCAAUAAAGUAUUGAGUAUUAAGUCUAUUUUUAUAAACUAUAGGAUCAAAAUCCGUAAGCUUAAGUUAUUUUAUAUAAGGUACAACUUAAUUAGUUCCUAGCUCCGAAGCAACAGUAAUUUAAGCAUAAUAAAUGGACUAUAAAUGUA